AUGGCAUCCGACCCGCAGAGGAACCCAGCAGCAGCAGCAUCAACAGGAGCAGGAGUCGCCGUCGUAACAAGGCCAUCAGAAGAAUCAACAACACCAGGCACGGGCACAAGCACACUCCCAGAUGCUCGUCCCUACACUUUGCGCCCGCUCUUGCUCGAUGUGCCCCUGGCUACCGAUGACACCGACGAGGACGUCAAGAUAAAUUGCGUCGAUUAUCAUGACGGAAAUCUCUACGUCGGCACCAGCGCGUCCGAGAUCCUUCACUUCUUCCGCAUACCCCCCGAUCCUAGCGACCCCGACGGCCCUUCCGAUUUCAUUCUCGCUUCCCGACGGCUUCCCGGGUAUUCCGAGCCCGCUGGUGGCUUCAACGGCACCCGGCCCGGCGUGCAGCAGAUUCUCCUGCUCCCCCGAGUAGGCAAAGCCUGCGUCCUGUGCAACUGGACCGUCACGUUCUACUCCCUGCCCGAGCUGAGUCCCGUCUUUGAGCCGACCCAAGUUAGGAACUGCAACUGGAUCGGGGGCGUGGACUUAAAUGAGGGCAUUGGGGACCAUGAUAGAUCGGCUGGCGUCACGAUCCUCCUGUCGCUGAACCGUCGGAUACAGGUUGUUAGGAUAGGGGAGGAAGAUGCGCGGGUUCUCAGGAAAAUCGACUUUGCCGGGAGCACUCUCUCAGUGCGAAGAGACUCGAUCGCCUGUGUCGCGGACUCGAGGAACUACGCCUUGCUGGACGUCGACCGCCAGCUCAAGAUCCCGUUGAUGAGCAUAUCGUCCCUCGAUAAUUCGCAGCCGGACGCGGCCUUUGGACAGGCCCAGAACAUUGCGAGCGCCCCAGAUACGGGGCUGGCCAGGAGCGCGUCCUCGGCCACGACUCGUUCAUCAGCUGGUAAUGCCCAGCACGGUCAUUCUCGAAGUACGAGUUUAGGGGGGUUUAUGUCGGGCAUCCGAAAGCAUGACAGGCGGCCUGGAGACCCAGAGGACCCCGUCUUCCAGCCCCCUGACGUUCCCUCUCCCUCACGGAGCCCAGUGCCUUCAGACAAACCCCUGCCUGCUCCUCCACGCGAACAUGGGGACUUGCUGAGCGCCCCAACAGCCGGUGGUGCGGCCGUCCCCUCCCGGGUAGCGACUCCGCCUAUUCGGUCUACGCCAUCCCCAAAGCCCCCCCAUGUCUUCCUACGGCCGCACAUCGUAUCCCCAACGGCUGAGGAAUUUCUCCUUGUCACGGGGACGGGCCCCCUAGAACCGGGCAUUGGCAUGUUUGUGAACCUGGACGGAGAUCCCACGCGCCCUACAUUAGAAUUCGAAAGGUAUCCCCGUGAAAUUGCUGUGGAUAUCGGCUCGGUCGACGUGUCGUCCUCCGUGCCGUCUCUGGGGCCCGGCGAAGAGGGAUAUGUCCUUGCUUCGAUGACGAAAGAGUUUCAAGAUGGCUUACAUCACGGGCUCGAGAUUCAACGCUUCGAUGUGAACGUCGGCGAGGGCGAGUCCGAUAAGUGGUGGUUGGAAGUCAGGAAAGAGGGGUCGGAAGACUCCUCAGCAGCGAGCACGCCCAUUGGAAUCCGGCCUCUGCUACAAAAAGAAGAAAUGACGUUUGAGGGUGUGGUCGAUCGCUUGUGUCAGAGACGGUUUUCACCCUUCAAGGGGCCGCCUGACACACCGACCAUGUCGCUAAAGAGCAGCGAUUCGCGGACGGCUCUGUCCAUCCAGCGGCUCUCACAGGAAAAGGCGCUGUUUGACCGGGAUACCGAGUCGGACGAUGAACAAGUGCCUCAUGGCUGGGAGGCGAAAAGGAACAAGGAAGGGGAAGAGUUUGUGCGACGGCUAGCCAAAACAUCAUCUCGCCUUGCAGUUUGGGCCGGCGACAACAUCUGGUGGGCCGUACGCAACCCGCUGCUCAUGCAACUGGAUGCGGCUCUCGGGUCGGUAUCUCAAGCCGACGAAGAACAAACAUUCGCAAACGCAAACGGCCUCGAAACACGGCGGCGGGUCCUUGCGGUUCUCGAUGCGAUCAAGGGCCGCGAGCCGACAACGGAGCUCGAGUUCAUGACUCUAGGGUACAUUAAGCAGAAGGCAAGCGUCAUGCUCCUGACGGCGUUUCUCGACUCGCCAGAACCACCCUUCACCGAAGCCGAGACCGCAGUCCUCGAGGAGAACCUCGUUGGCGGCGACUUGGAUGCUCGUGUUGUCUUAUCGUUGGUGUCCUCUCUUCGGAACGAGCUUGUGGUAAACAAGAGGGGGAUUUGGAUAUACGGCGGGAUCAAGAACAUCGUUGACAAGUACAUCGCGACGCAGUCGGAGUCCACCGGCUCUGUUGUGCAAGGAGUCAGCCUGUUGGAGCCCAACGUCCUCGAGUUCUUGCGGCGCUUUCUCUUAGCGUGGCGGAAAAAAAAAGGGUUCGGCAGUAUUCCCGACGAAGUGUUUCGGACGGUCGACGCCUCGUUACUGUUGGUGCUCCUGGAGCUUGACAGGAACACACCGGCCGGACAAAGCGCCAAGCCAGGCUCGGUGCGGAUGGAUCUGUACGAGCUUGUCGACCACGGCGUUGACUGCUUCGACAGGGCGGUGGAUCUGCUAGAGACAUACCGACGCCUUUUCGUGCUGAGCCGGCUCUAUCAAAACCGCAAAAUGGCGGCGGACGUACUUGGGACAUGGAGACGGAUUAUUGAGGGCGAGGAAGACCGCGGCGGCGAACUGGGAGACGGUGAGAAACGCGUAAGAAGCUACCUCUCAAACAUCAGCAACCAGACGCUAGUGCAAGAGUACGGCCUAUGGCUAGCCAGCCGCAACCCGAAGCUCGGCGUACAGGUGUUCACGGAUGAGAAGGGCAAGGCGCCCAAAUUCGAGCACACACAGAUCGUUGCGCUUCUUCGAGAGGAAGCCCCCGAUGCCGUCAAAUACUACCUCGAGCACCUCGUGUUCGGCAAGGGAAACACGGCCUACGUCAACGAGCUCAUCACCUACUACCUCGACAUCGUCAUCACGGACCUCCAGACAUCGCCGGCUGCGCGCGAUAACAUCGCAGCCUCCUACGCCGCGUACCGCGCCCUCCAACCGCCCAAACCAACCUACCUACGGUUCCUCGCCGACAAUGCUCCACCGGACGAUGAAGUCUGGCAAAGCCGGCUAAGGCUCCUCCAACUCCUCGGCGGCGGGCACGACUACGACGCAGCAGCCAUCCGGACACGCAUCGAAGACUCCAUCUUAAUCCUACCUCCUUCCUCUCCCUCGACAAAGGGACAUCAGUCACCACCACCACCCACAACAAACGGCACCACCACCAUUUCUCCCGACCCUAACCUCAACCCCAACCUCCCCGACUCCCUUCUCGUCCCAGAAUCCAUCAUCCUCGCGUCUCGCGCCCGCCACUACCACGCCGUGCUCCGCCUCCUCGUCCACCGCCUCGCAGACUACGACACCGCGGUAUCCUACUGCAUACGCGGCGCCGCAGCCCUCACUCCAGCCGGCAUCCGCCCCCACCAACGCCGCAACAGCGACAGCGACCUGCCUCCAACAUGGGACGAACAGACGCGUCUAUUCCGCCUGCUCCUCGGGGAGUUCCUCACGCUGGAAGACCGGGGUGAGAGGGUGGAGCAGACGGGGGCGCUGCUGGAGCGAUUUGGGCCGUGGUUUGACGUGCUGGAAGUACUGGAGCUAGUGCCGUCGGACUGGGGACUGGAGGUGGUGAGCGGGUUCUUGGUGGUGGCGCUGCGGCGGCUGGUAUGUGAGAGGCAUGAGGCGAUGGUGGAGAGGGCGCUGAGCGGAGCGGAGAAUUUGAGGGUUGGGUAUGAGCUUGUCGUGGAGUUGGAGGGGAAGGGGCCGGUUGUGCAAGCGGAGUGA